ACUUCCCUGCAGUGCAUACUUGAGUGCCUGGACACAAAAGUGCUUUAAAAUGAAACCUCUAAUCGACUAGACCAUGCUCUAUUUAUCAAAGACAACACGAGGAAGUCAUGUCCAAGAAACAGGUCAUUGAAGACUGCGAAUAAAAUCCAAAUCCCAGGGUAUUGCUCUACUACUGUCAACUCUCUGCACAAGAAUGACAGGAAUAAUGCAAUAUUUUUGAGGCCAGCUGCAAUUGAUGCAAUACACGCAGACAGUUCUGUUUACUGGGGUCAAUCUUGCAACGUGUGUAGGUUUGCACUGACCGCGCUGCAACAUCUGCAUUUGCGCUCCGAGUUGGUGAAGCUCUCGCGCAUGGGACCUACCAGACCGGCUCAAGAGAUGUCGGCGUGGAAUAUGGACAGGAUGACUGAUGUGGAAGCUCUAGAACGGUAAACUAUCCGCGUGCGCAAAAAUGCAGCGAAUUCUUCCGAGGAGACGCAUCCGCACACUGCGCUUGGUUUGGUCGCUCAUGGCCGUGCUCGCGCUGUCUCUCGCCGUGUGCAGUGCAGUAUUUACAGUGUGGACAUUGCGACAAACGCGGGACCUGUCCAGGUCUUUCAAAACUCUGCAAGAGCGCUUAGAGCAGGUGAAUAUGCAGCGUAAGGCCAUCUUCCAGCUCAUCCUUGAAAAACGCGAACUACUGGAGAGUCAUAGGUUCCGCAGAGAUGUGGGAGGGAAAAAAGGAAAUGGACGCAAAGUGGCCUCUCAUUUUGAGAUAACCAAAGAUUCCGCCCAAAAUGUGGGGAAUGAGGGAGUCAUUAAAGGAUGGACUGAGGAGCACCUGAAUAUGAGCAGGGCAGUUCAUUACAAUCCAGACACCGGCACCUUCAAAGUGGAGCGCAACGGCGUCUACUUCCUUUACUGUCAAGUGCACUUCAACGAGAACCAGAGUCAGUAUGUGAAGCUUGAAGUGUCUGUCUCUAAUGGGCCCUUGCUCCAGUGCAUGGAGGGGUACGGAACCACACCAGCAUCUGGCUCACACAAGUUCCACUUCCUAAAGCCUUGCCAGGUCUCUGGCCUCCUACGCCUGAACAAGGGUGCUGAGCUUAAGGCCGUCACUGGAGGUUCUUUCAGUCUGCAGGUGUCAGGCAAACACUACUUUGGCCUCUUCAAAGUUAACUAAAGGCAAGGACAGUAUCCAGACACUUCAAUUAUGUUUUCCACAGAUCACUGUUAGAAAUCUGGCCCAAAAGUACCUAAUCUAAAUCUGUGUAUUUGAAUCUGGCUCCUGGUGUUGCCUUAACAGAGGAAAUUGUGACUCAAGAAGCGCUGUUUCUGUAACCAGCUGUCCAUAGUCAUGGAUGACCCCUUUAUGAACACAAGUGCCCUUCCAUGAAGAUGUCAUCAGGAUGUUAAUCACUGCAUAGCUUGCCUUGUUGGAUCAAUUUAUGGAGAAUCAUUUGGUACUUUCUUGGUUUGGCUGCAAAUGCCUUAUUAAACACAAAACCAGCACAAUUUGAACUAUAUAAAUAUAGCAUUUAAUUACAGCAUACCAGAGACAUUGCUCCAGCAGUGUGGUUGACUUAUAUACUGGUAUAACCAGUUUGAACCGUAAGACGAUGAAUUUUCAGCAGAGUUGCAGAGCACUAUGUGCAUGAGAGGUUUCACCACUGGCUACUUGGCUGGACCAAAAGAGAAUUGCCCCAGUUCCUGAACUGCCUUACCGCUGGAUGGGUUCAGCGCAGAAAAUGGUUGUCUUGGUUGUUGAUUAUAAAAACUUUUGAGUGACUAAAUAAGCAUCUUCUAUGUUGACUCCAAGAGAAAUUUAUUACAGUUGCAUCAAUUCGAAACAACAAGCUUCACACGGUCCAACCUUUUUCUCUCCUAAUACACUUAGUCACUGUGACAAAUAUGGAAAGUCUAUUAAUAUUUAUCAAGCAAAAGAUAAAGGCAGUGGCUUCCUAAAGUAAAUGAUGUAUCUUGUGAACUGCACUGUUUUACUGAGAGUGGACUAUGUGUACUUAUGGCAUGAAGGUUUACUUGUUGAUAGCAUGUUGAUUAGAGCUCGCUGGUUUAUGUGUACAGUUCGGUACAACAACCUUUAUAAAAAGUCACAGUAUGCCUUCAAUUUUAUACAAUGUUCAAUUUCAUGUUAUAUUUUUCUAAAGGUAAAAUUACAGAUUUUUAUACCACCAUAAUUACAUUAAUCUCACUAAUUAGAAAUGUAUGAAACCACUGGUGUUCCAUAUUGACUCCUGACUUGCCGCUCCUCAAGCCUUUCGUAAAUAUUGUCAUUUCUGUCAAUUAAAUUGUAAGUGGAAAUUACAACCACUACUCUCAAUGCACUUUACCCCAACUGGAUUUCCUAAUCACGCACCAGCUUCCUCUUUGUAUUUCCUCAACCCUCAUGAGGACCCCUCAUCCACCGCACAACCCUUGCUUUUGGACUCACUUCCUGUAUCUGAAUCUGCAGCAAAUAGUUGAAAACCUUUGAGGAAAAACAUGUGCUUAUUCCCCCCUUGCUCUUUAGCCCCAUUCCUUCCCCCUUGUCUACUCAGUAUUUUUUUCCUCUGUUUGGGUUCCUUACACAAAAUCCGCAUUUGGCUAGUGGUUGAGUUUCUGCUUUUAAAACAACAUCCAAGAUAAACCUGACUGGGUCGAGAUGAAGUAUGGUCAGACUCUGUAAAAGUAAACAUGUGAAUUUGACAUGACAGAGGUGGUUUCAAUUUGUGUGCGCAAAUAUGCAAACAAGUUGUUUGUGUUUUCAUGGCCAUAUUUUUUUAGAUCAUCGUUAAAAAGAGACCAGAUCAUUUCACCUGUAAAUCUGGUUGAAGACAUGAGAAAAACUGAUGGAAAUUGGAAAGGUGUCAAAGUAAUCUGGGUACAAUUUCAGUGCCAAAAUAACUGUUAAACUGAUAAAGAAACUUUGUUCCAACCUUGCAAAAUGUCAUUCUUGGGGG